UCUUUCGACUUCAUUGGCGGCGCAUUCAGAGAUUGAAACUCAGAGAAAAUGGUGGCCACUGGCUUAUUCGUGGGGCUAAACAAAGGACACGUUGUUACCAAACGCGAGCAACCUCCUCGCCCUAACAACAGAAAAGGGAAAACAAGCAAAAGGACUCUUUUUAUCAGGAGUCUCAUCAAGGAAGUUGCGGGUCAAGCUCCCUAUGAGAAGAGGAUCACUGAGCUUUUGAAGGUUGGUAAAGACAAGAGAGCUCUUAAAGUUGCCAAGAGAAAGUUGGGAACUCACAAGAGAGCUAAGCGAAAGAGAGAGGAGAUGUCUAGUGUUCUCCGCAAGAUGAGGUCUGGUGGUGGUGGUGCAACCGAGAAGAAGAAGUGAUGCAGUGACUCUGGUUCAGCGCUCUGUUUCUUCGAAAAACCAGUUUUCUGUUUUUAGUAUUUUUGCCUUAUGUUUCCUUUGGAUAUUUUGUAGCAGAGAUUAUUAAAUGUUGAAACGAAAC